UUCUUCUUACACAAAUUAUAUCAAUCCAAAAAAAUCAAAAGGAAACAAAUUCCCAUCUUUCCUUACUUUCUCUCUCUUUUUCUCUCUCUUAUUGGUGAGAAAUAAGUGAGCCAUGAGUGAAGGAACUAAUAAAGCCAUGUCAGACCCACCACCAACAACUGCAAGCAAAGUAAUAGCAGAUUUUGAUCCUUUAAAGAAGCCUCCUAAGAGAAACAAGUUUGCUUUUGCUUGUGCUACUUUGGCUUCUAUGACUUCUGUUUUACUUGGUUAUGACAUUGGAGUAAUGAGUGGUGCAAUAAUCUACCUCAAAGAAGACUGGCACAUUAGUGACACACAAAUAGGAGUUCUAGUCGGAAUCUUAAACAUCUACUGCCUCUUCGGCUCUUUCGCAGCUGGUAGAACAUCCGAUUGGAUCGGACGACGUUACACUAUCGUGUUAGCUGGUGCAAUCUUCUUCGUUGGCGCACUACUCAUGGGUUUCGCCACAAACUACGCAUUUCUUAUGGUAGGCCGUUUUGUAACAGGAAUAGGUGUUGGUUAUGCACUUAUGAUCGCACCUGUUUACACUGCAGAGGUUUCUCCUGCUUCUUCAAGAGGAUUUCUUACCUCUUUUCCUGAGGUUUUCAUCAAUGCAGGAAUUUUGCUUGGAUAUAUAUCUAAUCUCGCAUUUUCAAGCCUCCCAACUCAUUUGAGCUGGAGGUUUAUGCUCGGAAUCGGGGCGAUUCCGAGCAUAUUUUUGGCUAUUGGAGUGCUUGCUAUGCCUGAGUCACCGAGGUGGCUUGUUAUGCAGGGAAGGCUUGGAGAUGCUAAGAAGGUGCUUAAUCGAAUAUCUGACUCGCCUGAGGAGGCUCAACUUAGGCUCAGUGAGAUUAAGCAGACAGCAGGAAUCCCAGCUGAGUGUGAUGAAGACAUAUAUAAGGUUGAAAAAACAAAGAUAAAAUCAGGGAAUGCAGUUUGGAAAGAGCUCUUCUUCAACCCUACUCCCGCAGUGAGGCGUGCAGUGAUUGCAGGUAUCGGAAUUCACUUUUUCCAGCAAGCUUCCGGCAUCGACGCCGUGGUUUUAUACAGUCCAAGGAUCUUUCAGAGUGCUGGAAUCACAAAUGCACGUAAACAGUUACUUGCAACAGUAGCUGUAGGAGUUGUUAAGACACUUUUCAUAUUAGUUGCUACAUUUCAAUUAGACAAGUAUGGUAGAAGGCCUUUACUAUUAACAAGUGUUGGUGGUAUGAUCAUAGCCAUCUUAACCUUAGCCAUGUCUUUAACUGUUAUUGAUCACUCUCAUCACAAGAUUACAUGGGCUAUAGCCUUGUGUAUAACCAUGGUUUGUGCUGUCGUUGCGUCGUUUUCGAUUGGUUUAGGACCAAUUACAUGGGUAUAUAGUUCAGAGGUUUUCCCCUUGAGGUUAAGGGCUCAAGGUACUAGCAUGGGUGUGGCUGUUAAUAGAGUUGUAAGUGGUGUUAUUUCAAUAUUUUUCUUGCCUUUGUCACAUAAGAUUACAACAGGUGGUGCCUUCUUUUUGUUCGGAGGGAUUGCUAUUAUUGCUUGGUUCUUCUUCUUGACGUUUCUUCCUGAGACUAGAGGGCGUACACUUGAGAAUAUGCAUGAGUUGUUUGAAGAUUUUAGAUGGAGGGAGUCAUUUCCAGGCAACAAGUCAAAUAAUGAUGAGAAUAGUACAAGAAAACAAAGCAAUGGUAAUGACAAGAGUCAAGUACAAUUGGGAGAAACUACUACUAGUACUACUGUUACAAAUGACAAUCACUGAGAAACAAUUGUUAGUGUACAAGUAUAGUUAUGUACGGAUGUUAUGUCAUGUAUAGCUGUUCGACUUUUAAUGAUAAUUAAUCUUAAGUCGAACAAGCUUCUAAGAUGUGUGUGUAUAACAUGCGCGUGAUGUACGCGCUUGUUAUACACAUGUUGUUCUUAGAAUGUGAUCCUCUUUAUUUUCGCAAAUACAUUGUAGCAAAUUAAAGUAAUCUAAUUAUAGGAUACCAAAUGG